AUGCCGUCGCAGGAGUACAUGGACAAGAUGCAGGGGCGCCAGAACUAUCGAAAUCUCUGGCACUCUGACCUCAUGGGCACCAUUCAGGCUGACACUCGCUAUUGCUGCUUUGCGGCUUUUUGUGCGCCAUGUGCAUCAUACUUGCUCCGCAAACGGGCUCUGUAUAAUGACAUGUCAAGAUAUGUAUGCUGUGCUGGUUACAUGCCCUGUAGCGGUAGGUGCGGGGAAAGUAAAUGCCCUGAAUUUUGUCUGGCGACUGAGGUUUUCCUGUGCUUUGGGAAUUCAGUGGCCUCAACCCGCUUUUUGUUGCAAGAUGAAUUUAAUAUACAGACAACGCAAUGUGAUAAUUGCAUUAUUGGUUUCAUGUUCUGCCUACAACAAAUUGCGUGCAUUUUUUCCAUUGUCGCAAUGAUUGUUGGAAGUGAAGAAAUCUCAGAGGCAUCUCAGUUACUGAACUGUUUGGCUGACCUGGUGUAUUGCACGGUCUGUGCAUGUAUGCAGACCCAACACAAGAUCGAAAUGGACAAACGUGACCACAAGUUUGGGCCACAACCUAUGGCAGUGCCUCAAUUCCAGCAGAUGUCUCGCAUUGAUCAGCAAGUUCCUCCCUCAGUUGGGUAUCCGCCUCAGCCGGCAUAUCCACCUCAGCCAGCGUAUGGGCAACCUUAUGGCUAUCCACCUCCCCAGCAGGCUCAAGGCUAUCCACCAGCUGGUUAUCCUCCAAGUGGCUAUCCACAUUCUGGCCAUUAA